AUGUAUCUCAGGGAUAUGAAUGAGAGUGACUUCUCCGGUACGAGCCACGAGUUUUCAUCUUUCGCGUAUCGAAUACAAGCGGCUCAAAACCUCGGACGACUCUUGAGAAUCCCUCCCGUUUCUGGACCCGACGACGAAAGCCUCAGAAAUAUUCAGACGAUGUUGACGAGUUGGCGAGUCAGCUUACCCAGGUCAAAGGCGGACGCUGUAUGGCAAUAUGGCCAUUUUGAUGAGAUGCUCUUUCAAGCUCACAUGAUAACACACGCUACAUCGAUUCUGCUUCAUCAACCAUACUCACAGCUGAACUCAAUAUUGAACCAGCCAAGCAACCAAACCGACCAAUACGAUUCUGUUUCGUCAGUAGACGACUUCAACAAUCAUACGAAGAACAUAAUCCAAGCCGCGACAGAGAUCAGCAAGCUUGUCACUCAUCGUGUCUCGCUACUUUCUCACAGUCACUUCUUCAGUUACGUGGUGACAAUGUCAUCUAUAAUUCACCUCAACAGAUGGGUUAUAUUCACACCCGAUAGCGAGAACAAUUUACGCCAGGUGCUCCGCCUCAACAUUGGCGCCCUCUCACGAAUGUCUUUGGUAUGGAGCGCUUCAGAGCGAGAGAGUAGUUAUGUAAAGAGCAUGGCUCGAAGCAUCUACCAGGUCAAGAAGCAGCACAGGAUAUUGCCCCAGUUUUGGAUCAGUAUGACCCAUGAUGAAGCCAUGGAGAAGAUUGCGGCGGACGACGCUAUGAUUCACGAGUUUGAGGAUAUGCAGGUUGUGCCUGGUAUGAUGAUGGGUCAUUGGGCCGAUCCUGGGAACAAGCAAUGGAAUUAA